CUGCUAGCAGCCAUUCUUGCUGUCCAUUGCAAUCAGUCGCGAGGUGGAAGUCGCUGCGUGUGGUCGGUGGCUCGGGAAGGAAGGGUGUUUGUGGAAAGCUAUUUAAUUUCCGUAACCGUUCAGUAUUGUUGUGAGUGUUAGUGUUCUUAGGUGAAGCCAGCAAUAUGGAUACUGGCGGUGGAAAUGCUGGGGCAUCAGAUGCUGCAAAAGCGAAUUCAAAUUCUACUUCGGAAACUUCUCAACAUUCGGGGUGUGGCUGUGCUUCAGGAACAACCAUUACUGUUCGCGUCACGCCAACAACAGGAGGCCAGUUCGAUCUUCAAAUGGCGAAAACGGAAAGUGUUGAAAAUUUGAAGAAAGUAAUAUCGAAGAAACUUAAAGUGCCCAAAGAACGGAUAUGUUUGCUACAUAGGGACAGGCAACUUCGUGAUGGCAGUUUACAAGAAAAUCAGUUGAUGGAUGGCAGCAGAUUAACCCUGUUACCUAGUGUUGAAACUGGUUUACUGGUGGGGAGUAAAUUUGCAGAACUUCGUACCCCGUUGUUAUUUGCUGUUGGUGGUGGUCAACAGGUAGCUCAGGUUGGAGGAAGGGGCUUUUCCCCAAACCAGAGAUACUAG